GUGUUUUACUCAGUCACUGAAAUAUAGGUAAAAAGAAGUUCUAAAUGUUUACUUUAUUUGCUUGUACACGCAAACACACGCGCGCGCACAAACACACACGCCCGCAUAUACACACACGCACGCGCGCGCGCGCACACACACACACACACACACACACACACACACACACACACACACACACACACACACACACACACACACACACACACACACGCACACACAAACCAGUGGCGAGCGGUGAGUUUUCGGAAGAGGUAUGCGUGCUUUUCGGAGGAUAAUCAACAAAUGUUAUGUUAAAUGUUUUUACACAAUUACUUUUGGAACUGGGGCGCGGGAUACUAAUUCCUAUCUGUCCGGCUAUGCAUUCAGUGAGCCUCGAUUCCUCCAUGCUGUAGUGAACAGCUGUCAGCUGGAUGACAGAACCUCCGUUCCAUUUCCUCCGUUACAGGGCUAUCGUCUUCCUCAAUGACCUAAUUUCAGUCCUAAACAUAAUAACUGGUUCAAACAUAACACACAUGGUUGGUUGGUCGGGAUACAAACCAUCAUUCCCAUUAGUUGAGGUCUCCACAUUUCCAGCCCUGCAGAAAUUGAGCAGAUAACGGUGUCCCCCUGGCCCCGCCCCUUUUCCACCUAGUGCAGGAACAGUAGCCAAUCAGCUCUCAUUCCGCACAUCACCUGUUGGUUGCGGGGAAACAAUACAAGGAGGAGGAAAAGGAAGAGGGGAUUAUAAAACCCAAAUGGUUCUGAGAGAGAGAAAGCGAGAGAGCAAGAAAGCGAGAGAUCGAGAAGGCGAGAGAGCGUGAAAGCGAGUGAGCGAGAGAGCGAGAGCGAGAGCGAGAGCGAGAGAGAGAGAGAGAGAGAGAGAGAGAGAGAGAGAGAGAGAGAGAGUAGCGUUGUCCCUCCCCUCGGUGCAGAAUCUCUUCCCUCCAUUGUUGACGUCAUGGUGGAUAGCGAGAGGUUGAAGAGGAUGAAAGACCUGGGGGGCGAGGACGAGUACGAGCACACCGGACACAGGAUGCUCUGCAGGACGGUCACCGACGGAAGUAAACGCAUCAGAGAAACACGUGGACGCCAACACGGAGCCUAAGUACUUUUUCCCGCCCUCGGCGUCGAGCUCGAGCGGUGUGAGCCCAGCCGCGCGCCAUAGCCUCGCGGAACCCGGCGGCGGAGCGCGUGACGAGAGGAGCGAGAGCGAGGCGUCGGUCUGACGAGGUCUCUCUGUACAGAUCGGGGGAUCCAGGUUGUUGUUCCCGCGUGUUGUCCGUCGCCAUGGGCUGCAUCAGCUCCCGCUCGCCCAUCGGUGAAUGUUGAUGACACCAUUGAAAUGUUACCUAAAUCAAGAAGAGCUCUUACUAUUCAAGAGAUUGCAGCAUUAGCACGGUCCUCACUACAUGGUAUCUCCCAGGUGGUGAAGGACCAUGUGACCAAGCCCACAGCCAUGGCCCAGGGUCGGCUGGCCCACCUGAUAGAGUGGAAGGGCUGGUGUAAGCCCAUGGAGACCCCGGCCGCCCUGGAGUCGGACUUCAACUCCUACUCAGACCUCAGCGAGGGCGAACAGGAGGCGCGCUUUGCUGCAGGCGUGGCAGAGCAGUUUGCCAUAGCGGAGGCUAAGCUCAGGGCCUGGUCCUCUGUGGACGGAGACGACUCCACUGAUGACUCAUACGAUGAAGACUUUCUGCCUGCCAACGAGCCCGCCACACAGAGCACAGAGGUCUCGUCGCCGUUCCCUCCUUACCUGAAGGACCUGAUUCACAGCCAGAUGUGCCAGAACCUGAGCCUCAGGGGCCUCUGCUGCGAGGAGCCCGGUGGCGGGGGCGGGGCAGAACCCUCCCCCACCUCCGAUUCCCCGGACACCCUGUGCUCCAGCCUGUGCAGCCUGGACGAGCUACACCCAUUGCUACGUGACCUAGGCACCUCCGGCAAACCCCAUCGCCAUCCCCACGGCAACGCCACCGAACUGGCCGCCAAGAUCCUGUCUGUGCUGCAGGGGGGCGAGGAGCUGCUGCUGGCCCGCCUGCAGCGUGCUGCCGCCGGCCCUCCCUCGCCUGCCGGGGGCAGCGGUGGGGGGCAGGACUCCCCCUGCUACUCGGCCUCCUACUCUGAGACCUACCUGUCGCCGGGAGAGGAGGAGGAGGGCGACGAUGGGCCCUGCAAGGGCUACAAGACAACCGUGUGCCAGGUGGGGGAGGAGCACCAACCCUGCCGGAGGGUGUCGGACGUGGCCUCCUCUGGGGUGGUCUCCCUGGACGAGGAGGAAGAGGAGGGCCAGGAGAGGCGGGCCAACAGCCAGUGACUCCUGGUGUCAGCUGGGAGCGACAGCUGGCCCUCACCGCUCCUCCCACUCAUUUCUGUUCUUUGGUUUUCCGUGACUCGCUCCACUUCCCCCAUGAAUCUUGAAAACUGUCCAUAUUGCCUUAUUUGUACAACAAUUUAAAAUCUCAUCUUUCCAAUUCUCCUGAGUUGUUCGACCCAUAACUCACUGACCCUCCUCCCCUCCAGAGCUCAAAUUCUGACCUUUGAUCUUCUAUCCAAAAGCUUUUUGUUUUGAGGCGUCCAAACAAUCUUUUCUAUGUGUGAUAAAGAGCAGUGGCCUGGCUAUGGAGGCCUUCAGUGAACCUGUGCACUGGACCCUGCUGAUUGGCUGGCUGUUCGGGUGUAUCCAGGGCUGCUGAUUGGUUGGUAGGGAUUGUACCUGGGGAGGAGAAAUGCACUCUGGAAAGUACUUUUUUGGAUUACAAGUGGACCAAGUCCAAACACUUGAAUUUUGCAUGUGUCUUUUGCAAGUGCUAUAACCAAUGGGCUUAGCCAGAGCACAGUUUGUAACCUUCUAGGCUGUUCUGUGUGACCUUCUCAGCCCUGCUCGUGGAUGAAGCCUGUCCAACGGGCGGGCAGGUCCACACCGCAUCCUGGGACCUGCCUGCCUUCCCUUUGACCCCCUUUCUUUCUUUUAUUGCCAGAGACCGAUAGCAUCCUUAAAUGGGCAUGGCUUGCUGCGUAUGCCAAACUAUUAUAUUAUCCCAGUCACAACCAUUUAUGAGCAAAUGCUGGAAUGUUUUCAUAAGUGACGGGACAUUAGUAUGUAUGUCUGUAUUUCAACAAAAUUUAAACUAUGGGGGGAGAAAGACGACAAGGCUGUGUGACAAAUGACUUGAGCCGAGAUGAUUCGCUUUUAUUGUGCUCGGUUCAAGUCAUCCUGUGGUGGUGGUGGGGUUACCCAGGAGCGAUGGGACCAGCAGGUUCCCUAACAUGGGGGUGAACUCUGUGUUGAAGACAUUCAAAUGGAAGCUAAACACACAACAGCUGUGACCCCAUAACCAAGCAAACUGAAACAUCACUGAGAGGAGGUUCCUGACCCUUUGGUGGAUGAACAGGAAGAGAAAGAAAUGCUUGAUGGCCCAGAGGUCCCCAGCCCCAGAGCAGAGGCCGGUGGUCGCAUCGGAGGUUUUCUAUAUUUUUGUAUGCGUUGUCUUGCUUUGAUCUCUUUGCCUAAUGCGAUGUGCCAGUGUAUGUGUUUUUUGCACGAAGCUAGCGUGGUGGCUGUAGUCUUCUCCUCUUUCUUCGUUAUCACUGUGUGAUAUAGUCUACUGGGAAAAAAGAAAACAAACAAAAACUAAAUGUGAAAACGAUUUUUUUUCAAAAGCAGAUACUGUGAUUUGGUUGGUUAUUGUCAUUGUCAUCCCGCCCUCCUCCAUCCUACUGAGAGUGUCUGGUUUCAACUCUGAUUACCACUUCCUGUCAUACUGAGUACUGAUGAGCUUUGCCUUUUAUUUGAUACUCCCUCUUUUCUAAGACAAGGUUCCUAGGUUUCUAGACGUCUAGGUGUUCCUUAGUGUAUCUUCUUGGAGAAGGCGGUGGGCGUUAAAGGGCAUACUUGAUACAGUACAUUCACGCCUCCAUACUGCGCUGCCAGGAGUCCCGCCCACGAGUCCACUCCCACAUCCCCUAGAGGGACUGUCAUUCAUGCAACUCAGGAAAUCCCAUUGGAGGGUCUCCCGUCUCCCCGUCGUGACUGCAUACUUUCUGUUGGGUAAACGCUGCGAUGUCCAUUAGCUGGAAGAGAAGGCAAGUGUGCAUUUAAAAGAAAAAAUCACAUUGUGUCUUCAUUUCCUGCGUUGACCCCGUUUUGUUUGUUUGGCAAAAAAAAGCCUCAAUCCUUUGUGUGAGUGUGACUGUGUGUGCGUGCACAACUGAUUCUGGUUGUUUUUUUGUAAGUGCACGCAUCCUGUGCGUUUCCUACGAUGUCAGCAGGCUGGUUAAGCAUGCGAUGUCCGCUCCUAACCCCUGUCGCAGCAGUUCCCUUUAAACUGUAUGGGGUGGAUAGAGAUCUCAUUGAGCUUUAAGCAGUGCCGUUAAGCAGUAAUUAGAGAUGGAAAUAAGGGAAAAUAAGAAUGGCUAACCAUCUGACCUAAGCCACAGAGGAUGAAGAGGUUUUCUCCCCCCCCCCCCCCCCCUUUUUUGUAGCAAAUAAAAGUUGAGCAGCUCAAGUGUUUACAUUGAGGUCAGCACCUAGCAGGGUCUACAUCAGGAAGAGACGAGCAGUGGAGAGAGUGGGUCGUAAACUCAGGGGGAAACCUUAACGCUGUGCCUUCCAUUCCUUCUGCCCUUGCAUCGUGCAGUUCUCUCCCUCACACAUCCACCCGUUACCCCACCCAUGUUUCCAGAGCACGGCAGUCACAUCAGAACAUGGGAGAAAUCCUCGCAGCCAUCUGCAGUCCAGGGUCGUAGCUGGUCAUAGCGCCAAACACAAAGAGAAACAGAGAAAGAGAGAGAGAAAGAGAGAGACGGAGAGAAACAGAGAAACAGAGAGAGAUACACGGACAGAGACGGAGAGACAGAGAAACAGAUACACUGACAGACGGCGAGAGAGAGAGAGACAGAAACAGAGAGAGACAGAGAGAGAGAGACAGAGAGAAAGUGAGACAGAGAAACAUAGAGAGAUAGAGAGAGAAAGAGACAGAGAAAGAUAGACGAACAGAGACGGAGAGAAUCAGAGAGACAGAAACAGAGAGAGAAACAGACAGAACCAGAGAGAGAGAGAGAGACAGAAACAGAGGGACACAGAAACAGAGAGAGAGCCCACAUUGGCACCUGAGCCCUGGGUGCUGCAGUAUCCCAUGAUGUCCUUUUCAUUUUGGGGUAUGAUCUGCGUCACUGUCCUCUGAGUGGACAGUAAAUGGCGGGCCGUGCGUGGGGAAUUGAGGAUGAGGUCACACGCCCCCUUGCUUCACCUGACUCGCUGCUUUGUGUUGGUCGGCCCGCUCCAUCUGGUGCUUUUACCCAUCUCUCUCUCUCUCUCUCCCCCCCCCCUCUCUCUCUCUCCCCCCCUCUCUCUCUCUCCCUCCCCCUCUCCAUCUCUCUCCCUCCCCCUCCCCCUCUCUCUCUCUCUCUCUCUCUCUCUCUCUCUCUCUCUCCCUCCCCCUCCCCCUCCCCCCCUCUCUCUCUCUCUCUCUCUCUCUCUCUCUCUCUCUCUCUCUCUCUCUCUCUCUCUCUCUCUCUCUCUCUCUCUCUCUCUCUCUCCCUCCCUCCCUCCGGCGGUUUGUGUGUGUUUCUGAGAGAGAAAGACGGGCACCUUGCUGUUAUGGCUUUGUCAUUCCCGCAGCUGUCACAUACUAACUCAAACACACACAUACACACACACAGCCUGGUGCUGCCUGUGGCUCGCUGUCCAUCAGCACGUCACCUGUUCCAAAACGCCCCCUCCUCUCAACCUUCUGUCCUCUCAGCCCUCCCCUGUGUGCAUCUCUCCCUCCUGUCUCUGAAUCACCAGAGGGAGACGCUGGUCCCUCUCACCCUCUACUGACCCAGGUGUCUUCUCCUAGGACCCCCCCCCCCCCUCGCCAGAUUAAAGGUGCCAUAGGCAAUAUUCCACAGUUGGAAAGAGAGAGCAGAAAAGAGUGUAGGAGCAAGAUUUUGAAACUAAAUAACCCAAAAAAACUCCCUACCUUUCUCCAACGUUGGGAAAUGUUGCAAUUCACGCUACUAUAACUGACAGUCAAGAUGGAUUCCCUGAAAACAAAUCGGGGAGGAGAUAAAUAUGAAUGGGCUUCAUGAAGAGGCCGGCCAGUCAAUUUGAAAUGGAUGUUGUCCUGGCACAUUGUAUUCACUGAGAGCUGACUGGCUAUUUCAAAGAUCCCACUCAGAUCUCACCUCUUAAAUCUUCCCAGCAUCUAUACUGGGAGGGGGUCCAUACGUUGAGUCAUGGGUCGAGAGGCUCCACGCGGUCAUGGGCCAGAUGGUAUGGAAGAAAUUAGCCAUUACUUUUUAUGGUAAACUAUGAGUAUUAUCAGGCUUAUAUAUCAUAUAGAUACAUUAAUAGUGGAAAGCAGCUAAAUCACCUCUCCAUAGGAGAGACUCGACACGGCGCCAGAGAGUCUGGGGUCAAGGCGUACGGACGUCAACUCAAAGUUUAGACGAGCUGCAGAUGUUCAUAAUAUAUCUUAAAUGAAUGCAUGGCUGACCGGCCUUACCAUAAAAGGAGAACUAGUAUGCAUUCUGUGGGCGGGCAUACCCUAUGGGGAAUAGCUUGGUGUGAGA